AGGGAGUGGAGAGCGAAGUAUCUUCUUAACAUCAUACAUCCGCAAAACCAACAAUCUGUUGUCGUUUAAAACCCUAUUCUUCUUCUUCUUUCUUGCCGUCAUCACUCCCACCUCGACUGCUUUAGAGAUGUCCAAGUCAUUCUCCACCCCUGGCUUACCGCCAACAAGAGUGCAAAUCGGAACAUUCAACUGCAAUUUACAGGGAGCAUCUAGUGCCUCGCCUGACUUGACACAUUGGCUCGUUCCAACAAUCUCUGAAAGUUCCAAUGAGUACAACACAGAUCCUAACGUGGAUGGCCGACCUGCUCCUGACUUUUACGCUGUAGGUUUCCAAGAAUUAUUACCUUUACAUGAUGGCUUUGCAAAUAAUGGAUAUGCCCAAACUGCAAUUCAGAACACCGAUCGUGCGAUCAGAAGAGCAAUUCGACCACAAAGUGCAUCUACACGCAAAGAUGGUAAAUAUCCUCAAGGAGGUGGACCGGAAGAUUAUACUUUGGUCGCAACCGCUCAGGUUGUCGGGAUUGUUCUCUAUGUAUAUGCUCGUGAACGUAGACCAGAGGUGGGGAUGGGAGGAUCGGGGAUCAAUGCGAUUCCCAGUGCAGUCACUCGUAUCAAGGAGAUUAGAACAAGUACAGUCAGUACUGGCUUCUUCAACUUGCUAGGUAACAAAGGUGCUGCUGGUGUUCGUAUCGUUGUCGGAGGCGCUGUUCCUGGAUCACCAGAUGAGACGUUCACAUUUGUCUGUGCUCAUUUGACCGCACAUGAUCAUAAUGUAGCAAGGAGAAAUGCUGACUGGAAGAACAUCGUCUCCAGAUUGGUAUUUGCGCCUGAUAGUGUUCAACCUCUCCCACCACCGCCAAUAGAUGUAGGCAAACGUAACGCCAACGACGAGAAGAGUUUGGAUGGAAUUACAGAAAAGUAUGAAACAGCAUACAGUAAGAAUGGAAAGAACAAAAAAGCUGUCCCGUUGGACCAGACAGAACAUGGUGUAUAUGAAACAUCACACCUGUUCGUCUUUGGUGAUUUGAAUUACCGGAUUGGUUUCAACAUCAAGCCAUCUCCAAUCUUAGCACGCAAAGGAAGUGCAGCAGAAAAGCUAACAAAGAAAGACGUAAAGAGAAAGAUCAAUCAAGCCGAUUGGAAAACGCUGGCAACGUACGAUCAAUUGACGAUCGAACAUCAACAUUCCGGUGGACCACGUACAUUGCAUGGAUUGGUUGAACCAAAUGUGACCGGAUUUGGUUUCCCGCCAACGUACAAAUACAAAAUCGAUAAAACACAACGCAAAAAAGCAAAAGAAGCGGCAAAGAAGGAAAAAUUGAGCGGAAAACGUGUGCCUGGAUGGACAGAUCGUAUCCUUUGGGCAAGCGUUGAACGUGAUGAUGCUUUCCAUGGCGUUGAACCUGAAUUGUUCCGCAGUAUUAUGCGAUACACUCAUUCGGAUCAUAAACCGGUCACAGCCAUUCUCAAAUUGCCAAACGCAUCAGGUAAGCAUUUAGAUUCGUCAUUGCGUCCUUAUGCUAUCGAUCCUACUUGGCGUACAAAACGCUCGAUUGGGAUCGUUAUGGAUCGUGGAGUUGGAUUUGUAUGGUGUGCACUUGUGGCUGCAGGUGCAGGAAAUGUUCUUCUGGGUAUUGCAGAACUUGUUGUGGUUGCAGCUUUGAGUGUUUGGUGGAUUGGUGUUGGAGGUGGUCAAAGGGGAGAUAUGGGUUAUAUGCUGGGCAAUUUGCUUGGAAGACCUUGA